GAGUUCAGUGUUUCUCUGUUCACUGACAGGCUCUGAGAUUCACUGUUCUGCUCUGAGAGAAAACUGGAGUAAAUUACAACUCACACUGAGAAGAAAGAGAUACUGUCUUUACUCAACCACAAGAGGAGUACUGUCAUCAACAGAGACUUUAACUCACUGCUGACUGAACCAGAGGAAGUUUAGAACAGUAAAACUCUGAAGUGAAAGUAAACUUCAGACUACGUUCCACAGGAGGGUGUGACUGGGUGACAAAAUGGCGUCCAGCUCGUAUCUCCCAGAGGAGGAUCUCACCUGUCCUGUGUGUCAUGACAUCUUUUCAAACCCUGUCCUCCUGCGAUGUAGCCACAGCUUCUGUAAAGCCUGUCUGGAGGAAUACUGGACACACAGAGAAUCACGGGAAUGUCCGAUCUGUAGGAAAAGAUCUUCCAUGGAUCCUUCCCUUAACCUGGCUCUGAAGAACCUGUGUGAGUCCUUCUCACAGCAGAGACAUCAGAGAGCUUCAGCAGGGUCUGAGGUGCUCUGCAGUCUGCACAGGGAGAAAUUCAAGCUCUACUGUCUAGAUGAUAAACAGCCAGUGUGUGUUGUGUGUCGGGACUCUAAACUACACCUCAAGCACAGAUUCAGACCCAUAGAUGAAGCUGCACAGGAUUACAAGGAGGAACUCCAGCCUGCUCUGAAGUCCUUACAGGAGAAGCUGGAGGUCUUUACUAAAGUUAAACAAACCUGUGAUCAAACAGCACAACACAUUAAGAUCCAGACCCAGCACACAGAGAGGCAGAUUAAGGAGGAGUUUAAGAAGCUUCACCAGUUUCUACAAGAGGACGAGGAGGCCAGGAUAGCUGCACUGAGGGAGGAGGAGAAGCAGAAGAGUCGGGUGAUGAAGGAGAAGAUUGACGGGCUGGACAGAGAGAUAUCAACACUUUCACACACAAUCAGAGCCAUAGAGGAGGAGCUGAGAGCUGAAGACAUCUCAUUCCUGCAGAACUACAAGGACACAGUGAAAAGAGCCCAGUCCACUCUGCCGGAUCCACAGCUGGUCUCGGGAGCGCUGAUAGACAUGGCCAAACAUCUGUGCAACCUGGCCUUCAGAGUAUGGAAGAAGAUGCAGGACAUUGUCACAUACACUCCUGUGACUCUGGACCCCAACACUGCCCAUCCAAAAUUCAUCCUGUCUGAGGAUCUGACCAGUGUGACACUCAGUCAGACGAGCCAGCAGCUUCCUGACAACCCAGAGAGGUUUGAUGGAUAUCUACGGGUCCUGGGCUCUGAGGGCUUUAACUCAGGGACACACAGCUGGGAUGUUCAGGUGGGAGACAGUACAUGCUGGUUCAUGGGUGUGUUAGCAGAGUCUGUACAGAGGAAGAGAAACAAACCGGGUGAAUGCUGGAAAAUCGUUUUCAACAAGGGUAAAUACAUAGCAGGAUCCUCAUCAGGGCCAGGCACUGUUCUCACAGUGGGACAGAACCCCCAGAGGAUCAGAGUGCAGCUGGACUGGGACGGAGGAAAGCUGUCAUUCUCUGACCCUGAUAGAAACACACUCCUACACACACUCACACACACCUUCACUGAGAGAGUGUUUCCAUUCAUUGGUCCUCGCAGCCUGCUCCACUCUCUGAGGAUCUUACCAGUGAAGGCCUCUGUGACAGUAGAACAGCACAGUCGUUAGAGAUGGUAGCACCUCUAUCUGGAACAGUAGAACAGCACAUCGGGUGUGUUUUUACAACCUUCCUGUCUUAAAGGAAACCUCUAACAUAGGUACAAAGAACAACAAUCCAUGAGAGUGAAUUAGACUGGCUAGCAUGGUGUUCUUAAUGUAUCACAGUAUCUGAAGUCAGAAGUCAUGUAGUUCUGUGGUAAAAAUGAAAUGCCUGUGUAUACUGCGAUCUGCGACUGCAAAAGUCACAAUUUCAAAGUGAUGGCAUUUCCACCCCAUGAAACCAAUUCUUCUGAAACUUGGUGUACAUGCCUCAUUUUUCAUGUGGAACAAAAAAGCCUCAAGGACCCAUAAGGUCUGCUAUGAUGGAUUUUCCUGUACAGUGAAAACUUGGGAAAACCUUCCAAAUUAAUCUCCUCUUAAACCAAAGGUCCAAUUGACUUUCAAUGUGUUACUGAUGUGUAGAAUUUAUGUCUUUAUAUAGGCUUGAAAUUCCCUAAUGGCACCCCAAACAACCUUUUUAAAGCACUACCAGUAAGCUGUUCUUUACAGCAGCAACCCAGUCAUCCCGUUGUCCCGUUUUUAUAGGAAAAGUACAAGACAAUAUUAAAGCUAUUCAUAAACUCUCAACAGUUGAUGUGUAGCAGAGAAGCUGACUUGCAACCUUUUUGCAAGUCAGAGUUUGAAUCUCCAUUCAGCCUGUUGUUGUUGGUCAAACAUGAAGUAAUUUUGCUUUAUUGUUGUCCAACUCUUGAACUUCUACAACGUACAUUUUUAUAAUAUUUUGCGGAGGAACCCGCAUCGCUGCUUGCAGCUAUAUUUAUUUGUAUUAUUGUUUUUAUAGAUUGUGUUACAUUUUAUUUAUUUUGGGAAACCACAAAGACUGUGGCUCGAGAUAUCGCAAAGACUGCAGCUUGUAAUCGAAAAUCUUGAGCAACAUAGGUUCUGGACUGCUCUGCAAAAGGCCUGACCUUGUGUGUUCUGGAUUACCGCAAAGACUGCGGCCUGUUUUCAGAAGAGUUUUAUUAUUUUUAUUACUUAUAAUAUUGUUUUUGUUUAAUUUAAAGCACUUUGAGUUGCAAUUCUUGUAUGAAAUGUUCUAUUUAAAUAAAGUCUUAUUAUUAUUAUACUGUACAUUUACACUCACCCAAUAACAUUGUAUUUGUUUCUACUGGUAUUUUCAAAAUCAAAUGCUUUGGCAGCUUAUUCUAUUAUUGUACUUGUGAACAUUUGAAAAUAAAUCUUG